ACGGAAAUGUGUUGAAAACUACUACGUUACUGAAAUUUGACUAUUCGUAUUUUAUUGUAGAUUUUAAAUGUUUUUGUAAGUGUAAAGACAAAAUGCUAGUUAACGCAAUUAAUGUGUGUUUAAUUUAUUUAUUGUCAGCUCUAGUCAUCACCCUCGCUGGUCGUGAUUUCUACCAGAUACUUGGUGUAUCUCGGUCCGCGAAUACAAAUGAAAUUAAAAAGGCUUACAGAAAAUUAGCAAAAGCAUUGCAUCCUGAUAAAAAUCAAGAUGAUCCCGAUGCUGCUCAAAAGUUUCAAGAUUUAGGGGCGGCUUAUGAGGCAUUAUCAGACCCCGAAAAACGCGAACUGUACGAUCGUUGCGGCGAAGACUGUUUGAAGAAAGAUGGAAUGAUGAACAAUAAUGACCCUUUUGCAAGCUUCUUUGGUGAUUUUGGAUUCCAUUUUGGUGGUGAACCGCAACAUCACGAAACACCACGAGGGGCGGACAUUGUUAUGGAGCUCACAGUUUCACUUGAAGAACUUUACAAUGGAAAUUUUAUAGAGAUAACUAGGAAUAAACCCGUAAUCAAACCAGCUCCAGGGACCCGCAAGUGUAACUGUAGACAAGAGAUGGUAACAAGAAACUUGGGUCCAGGAAGAUUCCAGAUGAUGCAGCAAACAGUGUGUGAUGAAUGUCCUAAUGUAAAAUUUGUUAAUGAAGAAAGGCUACUAGAAAUUGAGGUAGAAGUUGGUGCUCCGGAUGGACACAAAUCUAGGUUGCGUGGAGAAGGUGAACCCCAUGUAGAUGGUGAACCAGGUGAUCUCAUUGUAAUACUCAAAACGGAAAGACACCCACAAUUUACUCGCAAAGCUGAUGACUUAUACACCAAUGUGACAAUUUCACUACAGGAUGCUCUGACUGGUUUUACUCUUGAACUUGAACAUUUAGAUGGUCAUAAAGUGUCAGUGUCUAGAGACAAGGUAACAUGGGCUGGUGCAAGAGUUCGUAAGAAGGGAGAAGGCAUGCCAAAUUUUGAAAAUAACAACCUCCAUGGAAAUCUUUAUGUAACUUUUGAUAUAGAAUUUCCCAAGCAAGACUUCACAGAUGCUGAGAAAGAGGCUUUGCGAAAAAUACUGAACCAGCCACCAAAUAAUAAAAUAUACAAUGGACUAUAGUGAUAGUAAACUAGUAAUUAUAGCUGGACUGAGUGUGGUUUCAUAAGAUUUUUGUUACCUGAAUGAAGACGUGCAUGUGAUGGUUUUAUAAAAAAUAAAAAUACCAUUUUGAUUUGUUA